AUGCGCCCUUUCGUCGCCAUCGCCGCCAUCGUGGCCAUUGCCACGGCCUCUCCGUUCCGACUGCUGUCUCUUCCACCGGUAUCGACGCCUGCGUCUGCUGAGAUGGCGGCCAAGGACAAGGGCGCCCUUGUAGACGACUUUGACCAGAACAAGCAGCACCAAGAGAACCAAGAUCACAAAAUCCACCAAACGGUGAAGCUCACCCACCACCGCCUGCCCCUGCGUGGCCUCGAACAUGGCUACGGCUAUCGCCUCCAGCGCAGCAACACCAGCCCGGGCAAGGCUGUCGUCUACGUGCCGGUCCGUGCAAGCGCCCCGAAGGGCACCACUACUGAAGCGCCGCACGCCACCCACGACACGGUGGCCGAUAAACACAGGCUUCAUUCGCGCGUCGCGGACAGUGCCGACGCCGCCGGCCUCACCGCGCCCCCUCCGUGCCAGCCCAUGAGCCCGCCGCCGGACGAGACCGCCACCAAGGAACGCUUCGGCAAGUUUGCCAACGCCUUCCUCGUCACUAAGAAUAUUACCGAGGCCUUUACCUACAUUUCCGAGGGCUACAUUAACCAUAAUCCUGCCGCGAAGAACGGCGCCGCAUCCGCAUGGGGCAUACUGAGUCCCAUCUGGGCCUCGCAGAACAUCACAGUGUUGCGGACGACAUUCAAGGGCAACUAUGGGUGGCUCAACUACCGCGCUGGCGGCUUCGGAGAAGUUGUCGAUCGGUACCGUUGGGACGCCGGCUGCAUUGUGGAACACUCUACGUGCUGCGAGCCUAUGCUCUGA